AUGAAGAAAGAUUUUGUAUCAAGAGCCCUGGGCAUCGCGGGGCUGCUACCCUUCCUGCGCGAGGCGGCCGAGGAGGCGCACGUGCAGCGCUACCGCGGCCAGGCCGUGGCCGUGGACACCUACUGCUGGUUGCACAAGGGUGCCUACGCCUGCGCCGAGAGGCUGGCCAAGGGCGAGCCCACCGACUUUUAUGUAGUUUUCUGCAUGAAACUUGUUGAUAUGCUGCUGUCAUUUGGGAUCAAGCCAAUUCUAGUAUUUGAUGGAUGCACCCUGCCUUCUAAAAAGGAAGUGGAAAAGACUCGAAGAGAGAAGCGCCAAGCCAGUCUUUUGAGAGGGAAACAGUUGCUUCGUGAAGGGAAGCUAUCGGAAGCAAAAGAAUGUUUUGGACGUAGCAUUAAUAUUACUCAUGCUAUGGCUCAUGAAGUUAUUAAAGCAGCUCGAGCCCAAGGUGUUGAUUGUAUUGUUGCUCCAUAUGAAGCUGAUGCUCAGUUAGCCUAUCUUAAUAAAACUAACUUGGUACAAGCUAUAAUUACAGAAGACUCGGAUCUUUUAGCUUUUGGAUGUAAAAAGGUGUUCCUGAAAAUCGAUAAGUUUGGUAAUGGGCUAGAGAUUGAUCAGGCCAAAUUAGGAAAAUGCAAACAGCUUGGGAACGUGUUUACGGAGGAAAAAUUCCGCUAUAUGUGCAUUCUCUCUGGCUGUGACUACCUUCCAUCAAUUCAUGGAAUUGGGUUAGCUAAAGCAUGCAAGCUAUUGAAAUUAGCCAACAAUCCUGAUAUCAUAAAGGUUAUUAAGAAAAUGGGGCAGUACCUCAAGAUGAACAUAAUUGUGUCAGAAGAGUACAUAGAGGGAUUUAUUCGAGCUAAUAAUACAUUCCUUUAUCAAUUGGUUUUUGACCCAAUCAAAAGGAAACUUGUUCCUUUGAAUGCCUAUGGUGAUGACAUUGAUCCAGAGACAUUAAUUUAUGCAGGACAACAUUUUGGUGAGAAUACUGCUUUUCAAAUUGCACUGGGUAAUGUAGAUGUCAAUACAAUGAAACAAAUUGAUGACUACAACCCUGACGCUUCACAGACUUCACAACCAAGAAGUCGUGGCUGGAAUGAGAGAGCUGCUGGCCAUUUAAACAGUAUUUGGAGCAGGGACUAUAAACCUGGUCAUAAUAUGGACACUAAGAUGCUUACCAUGCCUUUGCCAGAGAAAACAACUACCAAAGGCAUUGAGAGGAUAGUUAGUCUCAAAGGGCUUAAACUUCCAAGCAGUUUGCUACUGGCCAAAAGACCAAGAAAUGAGGAGCUGUCAGAUGGAGAUCUGUUGAAUCAGUAUUCAUCUUCAAAAAGACCCAAGAAAGAAAACAGUGAGGACAGUGAACCACAGAAGAUGGUCUCUGCAGUGUCAGUGAUUGAUGCUUCAGGGGACUCUGUUAGUAAAGAAAGCUCGAACUCCCUGCCUAAACUUAGAAAUAAAUUUGCUUCCUUUCUGCAGAGGAAAAACAAAGACAGUAAUGCUAUUGUUGUUCCAGGGACGAGAAGCAGGUUCUUCUGCAGUCCUGUGGAUGUGUUUGAUUGUACAGAAAAGGAGGAAGUCAGCCAGCCAUCUCCCAAGGUAGUGUUGGACUGUCAGGCACAGGAACUCAAACAUAUAGAAGAUCAUGCUCCUCAGUCUUUGGAGACUGGAAAAUUUACAAGAACUAUUUUACCAUCCCCUGGAGAAACACAAAGAAGUUGUUUCCGUUGGUCUGGAAACUUUGGAAAGAAUCCUGGGACUCCCAGCCCAUCUAGUGGCUUGUUGCCAUUACAGCAGUUUCACAAAGAGAGCGAAAACCAAAUGGUCUCCCAGGAGAAUGAGAUGGCUAGGUUACCUACAGUAAGCGAUGUAGCACGUGAUGAAUCGGAUGAAGAAUCCUGCGCUGUACCAGAAAUGGAAUGUUCUUCUCAGUCUCAGGAGUCUUAUGAGCUGUCUGAAAGCAGUUUGGACUCUUCAAAAAUUUCACAGGUGUCUAACAAAGAUUCAGAUGCAGAAGAACGUGACCGCAGCUUAAAGCUUGAUGGUGAUUCACAUUCUCAGAGUUCACCCCCAUUUUCUACUACUUAUACCGAAAGAAAAAAUACAGUCCUAAGGAGUAAGAUUCCUGGGUUACAUAAAUUCAGUUCUGUAGGGUCACGCAUUGUGAGCAAAGUCAAACCACUGAUGCCUGCUAAAGUCAGUGGGUUAAGCAAGAAACUUCCAAGUGUACAGAAGAAAAAUCAUUGCAAUGCUGAAAAUAAGCCAGGACUGCAAGCUACAAUUAGUGAACUCUGGAAGAACUUCCAAUUUAAAAGAGAAUUUGAAAGGCUUCCCACUUGUAAAAAGUCAGAUCCACUGUCUCCAAUCAAAGACAAUAUCCAGCUCACUCCAGAAACAGAAGAGGAAAUGUUCAAUCAACUUGAACGAAGUCAUGUUCAGAGAUCAAUUUUCCAGUGAACUGAUGUCAUUUGCCAAUGCCAUUCUGUUUGCGAUACAUUUUAAUCACUGGCAAGAUAAAUUGACUUUUGGGCCUCAUGUAUUGCUUUUCGUACUGAUAAAUUUUGGACAUAAUCUGUAUAUAUUUUUAGUCUAACUAGAUUUUUCAUUUUUAUAAAAACUGAAAUGAAAGGUACAGAUUAUACUGAUAGAAUAAAACCUUUUAUAUACUUGAAUAAAUUAAAAUACUUGA